AGAUUGACCAAAUUUAAGAAAACUCACGUAAAAUGGAUAAAACUGACGUUCAUUCUCGAGCAGUUGACAUAAUAGAAGAUCUUGGUGAUAAUGCUAUUACUGAUAGCAAGGAUUCAACAGCUCAAGCUGAAGUGAUUCCAAUUAAUGGUAUGACAUGUCAGUCUUGUGUAAAGUCGAUAACUAAUGCAGUUUCUUCAUUAUCUGGAAUUUUGAAUAUUACUGUGAGUUUAGAAAAUAAAGAAGCAUCAAUUUCUUUUGAUUCAAAUAAAGUAUCAAAAUCAACAAUCAUUGAAACAAUUGAAAAUUGUGGAUUUGAUGUUCCUUUAACAUCAGAUAUAUCAAUGGUAGAUAAAGUAAUUCCAAUUAAUGGUAUGACAUGUCAGUCUUGUGUUAGGUCGAUAACUAAUGCUGUUUCUUCAUUAUCUGGAAUUUUGAAUAUUACUGUGAGUUUAGAAAAUAAUGAAGCAUCAGUAUCUUUUGAUUCAAAUAAAAUAACAUUAUCAACAAUUAUUGAAACAAUUGAAGAUUGUGGAUUUGAUGUUCCUUUAACAUCAGAUAUAUCAAUGGUAGAUAAAGUAAUUCCAAUUAAUGGUAUGACAUGCCAGUCUUGCGUAAGGUCGAUAACUAACGCUGUUUCUCUAUUACCUGGAAUUGUAAAUAUUACUGUGAGUUUAGAAAAUAAUGAAGCAUCAGUUUCUUUUGAUCCAAAUAAAAUAACAUUAUCAACAAUUAUUGAAACAAUUGAAAAUUGUGGAUUUGAUGUUCCUUUAGCAUCAGAUAUAGCAAAUAUUAAUUCAACAGAAUUUGCUUCAUUCACAAAUAUUACUUUGAAACAAUCACAGGAAGAAGAAUCAUAUCCUCUUAAAGUUAUUAAGACACAUAGUUUUGAUCAAGAUAAUAUUCAAGUUUGUCAUAUACAAGUUCUUGGGAUGACUUGUGCGUCUUGCGUGAAUAGCAUAGAAAAAAAUUGUUGUGAAGCUGCAGGAAUAAUUUCAAUUAAAGUGUCUUUACUUGCUGAAAGAGCAAUAGUGGAAUAUGAUCCUGAUAUUUUAGAUGAGAGUUCUGUAGCUGAAUUGAUUGAUAGCUUAGGAUUUAAAGCUACUCCAAUUAAGCCAAAGCGUGAAGGUUCAGUCGAUCUUCAAAUUUUUGGAAUGCGAACCUCCGAUCAUGCCCAAUUAAUUGAACGAGAAUUACUUAAAAUUUCUGGAAUAAUAAACGUUUCAGUUAAUUUUUCCACGGCAAUAGCAACGGUUCAAUUCGAUAAGGAAUCCUUAGGAGUUCGGGAUAUCGUAGACCAAAUUGAAAAACUUGAUUUUAAUGCUCUUAUCCAUGAUAAUAGUCAAAAAGCUCAGUUAGAAUCUUUAGCUCGUACAAGAGAAAUUACAGAAUGGCGUUCAGCAUUCUAUCGAUCGCUUAUUUUCGCUAUUCCUGUUUUCUUUAUUUCUAUGGUCUUCCCAGGAUUUGAAUGGGGAAGGAAAUUAGUUCAUAUUGAAUUACUUCGUGGGAUAUUUAGUGGUGAUUUAGUCGCUCUUUUAUUAACAAUUCCUGUUCAAUUUGGUGUUGGAAAACGAUUUUAUGUUUCAUCAUACAAAGCUCUCAAACACAAAACUGCUACUAUGGACGUUUUAAUAGUUAUUGGAACUACGUCCGCGUUUACUUUUUCAUGCUUUUCCAUGAUCUUUGCAUUAAUUGUAGAUGGAAAUGAACCAUCGGUAUUUUUCGAUACAUCGACCAUGUUAAUUACUUUUGUUACGUUUGGAAGAUAUCUUGAGAAUUUAGCAAAAGGAAAAACCUCAGUUGCAUUAUCGAAACUCAUGUCACUCACGCCUGCUUCUACUACCAUAUUAAUUAAAGAUUCCAAAACAGGUGAAAUAAUUGGAGAGAAAAAAAUUCCUACAGAAUUAGUACAAGUUGGCGAUGUAGUAAAAAUUUUUCCUGGGGAUAAAAUUCCGGCAGAUGGAAUUGUUAUAUCAGGUCAAUCAGCUGUAGAUGAAUCAAUGGUAACUGGAGAAGUCAAUCCUGUAAACAAACGACAAAGUGAUUCGGUAAUUGGUGGCACUGUUAAUGGAUUGGGAACUUUUGAUAUGGAGGUCACACGUGCUGGAAGCGAUACAGCUUUAUCUCAAAUUGUCAAACUUGUUGAAGAAGCUCAAAUUUCCAAAGCUCCGAUUCAAGAAUUUGCUGAUACCGUUGCCGGUUAUUUUGUACCCGUGGUCAUUGGGUUAGGCCUACUUACAUUCGUAGGGUGGAUGAUUCUUGCACAAAUUUUAAAUCCUCCUCCGGAAAUUUUUGAACAUAAUGGAAGUUAUUUCAUGGUUUGUCUUAAAUUAUGUAUUUCUGUUAUUGUGGUUGCAUGUCCUUGUGCAUUAGGUCUUAGUACUCCUACGGCUGUUAUGGUCGGAACUGGAGUUGGAGCACAAAAUGGAAUAUUAAUCAAAGGUGGUGGUCCGCUUGAAACAGGACAUAAAAUUACAAAAAUCGUUUUUGAUAAGACUGGUACACUUACAAAGGGUCAAUUAGACGUUGCUCAUUAUGAGAUUAUAACGAACAAUUUAGAAUUGACAAAGGAAACAUUUUUUGCAAUUGUUGGAGCAGCUGAAUCUUCUAGCGAACAUCCUCUUGGAAGAUCUAUCGUAAAUUAUGGAAAGAAAUUGUUAGAUAUUGAAACAUAUGAUGCUGAUGUUUCAGAUUUUGAAGCUGUUGCUGGAUUAGGUAUAAAAUGUAAAGUGAUUUUAAAUACAUCAUAUUCUGCUGUUACACCUCUAUCGGCAACAACAAAUACAACAUCAAAAUUAUAUAAUGUCUUGAUCGGUAAUGAGAAAUUUCUCUCACUUCGAAAUCAAAUAUUUAUUCCAAGCGAAGCAAUGAAUAUCAAAGAAUCACAAGAACGUCUUGGAAGGACUGCAGUUUUAGUAGCCAUUAACAAUUCAUUUGCUGGUUGUAUAUUUUUAUCUGACAUGGUUAAACCUGAAGCUAAAAUAGCAGUUGGGGCUUUACGUUGUAUGGGAAUUUCAGUUGCAAUGGUUACAGGUGAUCAAUUGCUUACUGCCGAAGCAAUUGCAGCGCAAUGUGAUAUUACUGAAAUUCAUGCUGGUGUAUCACCAAAAGGUAAAACACAAAUUGUUCAAACGCUUCAGUAUGAAGGUAAAGGAAAUGUAGUGGCAAUGGUUGGGGAUGGUAUAAAUGAUUCACCAGCAUUAGCAGCAGCAGAUUUAGGUAUUGCGCUUUGUUCGGGUACAGAUAUUGCAAUGGAAGCAGCAGAUAUUGUAUUAAUGAGAGGGGAUAUAACAGAUGUUGUAGCGGCUAUUGACUUAUCAAAAACAAUAUUUAAACGUAUUAGGUUAAAUUUUGUAUGGGCAAGUUUAUAUAAUGUAUUGGGCAUUCCUCUAGCUAUGGGGUUAUUUAUCCCGUGGGGAUUUCAUUUACAUCCAAUGAUGGCUGGAUUUGCAAUGGCUUUUUCGAGCGUGAGCGUUGUUUGUUCUAGUUUAUUAUUAAGAUGGUGGAAUAAACCUACUUGGGUUGAUAAUGGUAAAGGUGGUGUAGAAAGAAUUGUAGAUAAUGAUGGUAUAAUCAAUUAUUUAAUAACUUUAUUAAAACAUGGUCCUAAUAGUAGUAAUUAUAUUGGUAAUAGUAGAUAUAGUAGAUUAGCAGCCGAAGAUAACUUAUAAAUCAUAUUUAAUUUAUUGGUUUUGGCAUUAGAAAUAAUAAUCCUGGUCGGUAAUUUGGUAUUUUAAUGAUUUGUUCGCAUUGUACAUUGUUUUUAUUUAAUUUAUUUAAUUUUCAUUUUAGUAUUAGAAUAAAUAUAAUAAAUAAAAAAA